AACAUUCUCCAACACUUAGCGUACAACACGUGAAGUUGAAUCGAAUGCAUAAAAACACAAAAUAAUUCAAAAUGAAAACGUCGAAUGAUAAAUCAAAGAAGAAUGAUGAAUUAAAACCUCAAGAAAAACCACUAAACGUGUCAAAGGGAAGCAAAGCCGUUAAAAAGACUCCAAAAUCCAAGAAACCGAAAGAAAUAAACGAUGCCGUCAAGAAUUCCGUUGCCGUGGAAGCCAAAGAGACCGCAAAGAAUCUAACGGCGGCGGAUAUAGCCAAGAUCGAGAAAAAGAAGGCUAAAAAGCAGGCGCAAAAGGUGAAGAAACAGCUGAGGAAAACGGCACCUGAAACAGAAGAAAAGAAGCCCAAGGUGGAGACAGCGACGAAAACAGCUAAAAAGAGCAAUAGUGCGAGUGAUGUCGCUGAAGAAAAAUCACCCCAGAAACAGGACAAGAAUCUGGACAAGAAACUGGACAAGAAACAGGAGAAGAAAGCAAAACGGAAAGCCAAUGAUAAAAGCAAAGAUAUAGAGAAGCGAGAGAGGGAUCCUGCGGCAGAAGCAGCCACUGUUUUUGUGGGUAAUCUGCCCAUUAACACGAAACGCGUGCAAAUUGGACGUCUGUUCCAGCCUUACGGUACAGUGCAAUCAAUUCGUUUGCGUACGGCGGGUGGCAAGCAAUUGUUUAAGCAUAAACAGCGCAAAAGUGCAGUCUCCUUGAACGCUUACGUGGUGCUCGAGAGUCCGCAGAUUGCUGAGAAAGCGUUGGCGUUGAAUGGCACGGAAUUCAAAGAAUGUCACCUGCGUGUAACGCCGGCAGCCAAGGCCAGUGCUGGACCAGGACCUGGUGGAAAUGAGCAAUCAUCCAACGAUGCCGAUAACAAGCGCACUAUAUUCGUUGGCAAUCUUAAAUACUCGGCUACUGAGCAGAAGCUGCGGGAGAUCUUCUCCAGUUGUGGCGAAAUCGAUUACAUCAGAUGUCUGCAGGAUGGCGAAAAGGGAUGCAAGGGCGUGGCAUAUGUGUGCUUCCAGAAACCAGAUGCAGUGGGUCUUGCUCUGGAAUUGAACGAAACUGUGCUCGAUGACAGACCAAUCCAUGUUGAACGUUAUUUGGUAAAGAAACUGGGUGCCAAGCAGGCAAGAGAUUCUGUGGCUGCCACAAAAUCCGGACCCCAAACGAAGUCUAAGAAUAAACAGAACUCGGCUGGUGCCAAGAAGCGUCUGGACAAAAAGAAACUGAAAGAAAAUGGAAAACCCGCCGAGUCAACUAAAGUUGCAGCUAACAAAAAGAAAUCGGAAUAUCGAGGCGUUAAAGUCGAUGCUAUUAAAAAGAAUAAGAAGCCCAAGAAGAAGACCAAUAAUCAAAUGAGCGCGCUGGCCAAGAAGAUUGCUCCAAAGACCAAGACUUGAGUUAGUUAAUAUGUUAUGAACUUUGAUGUAUAUAAUUUACAAACAAAAUAAUUAAAACGGUCUUUUUAUGGA